AACGAGCGAUUGUACGUAAGCAGCGAUCAGACAAGGUCUUCCCGACAACAGCCCUAUAGACAGGUUAGAGUAAGCCAAGACACCACUAGCAGACAAUGAGGGCUGCCUCACACUUCAAAUCCUGCAAAAUCGCGACAGUCGUCCUUCUUACCGCCUUGUGUCCGUAUGUGUCAACACAGUGUCCACAGGGCUGGCAGGCGUUUGAAGACAGCUGCUACGUUUUCAUUAUCCAGCCUGUGGCUUGUAUGGAUGCAGUGAUUUUUUGCAACAAGUUCGGAGGGAAUCUUGUGGAGAUUACAUCUGAAUCAAAAAACGCCUUUGUUACCAAAAUGUUGAACACCACAAAUAUGCGCAGCACGUGGCUUGGCAUUCACGACCUCCUACAAGAUGGUCAGUGGCAGUACUUCAGCAGUGCCAGACCAGCCACCUUCUUCAAGUGGCCUGAGGGAACUGCCAGUGUCACGGGACCUGAAGGGUGUGCAUACCUGUCCCACCUUGGCUUCUGGACGAGAAGAGGCUGCGCUGGCUGGGGACACAACUUUGUGUGUGAGCAAAAAAUAUAGGAGGUUGAGUAACUAUAAAGAAAAAUCCUCGAUAACCUCAACGUCCUGAAUGAUCGCCGUGCAGGCAGCUCCCUAACGGCCCUGAAGUCCACUCACGUCUGUACAACACACUUACCUACACUUGAGCUUCUGUAGGGAUUAUGUCAGAUAAGUCUGUUGAAAAUCCUGAACAUAUUGCCAUAAAUAUUGACAUUAAACCUUCUGUCAAGAUAUACAAGCUACUGGCAUCAAGUGUAUGGUGCCAUGAUGCAUCCUGUCACACCACCAUCAACAGCACUGUGCUCAAACAUUCCAGGGACCACGUCGUGCAGCAUCUUCACCUGAGGGACAACUAGUCAGUCAUCUGUUCAGACGGUUUUGUUAUCAAUAAAUGUUAUAAAGGUGUGUAUUGUGUUACGGUCAAAAUCGA